UUCCUCUAUUUUCUAUGGCUCAGGUGUGCGAGUAGAAAAGAAAAAUUUAAUGGUGUUGUGUGUGACACAUAUACGUAGAAAAAAUUUAGUGUAAGAUUAUCACAUUGGCACCAACGGCAGGGAAAUGGAAUCAAUGGAAUAUGAGCUCGCCAGAAACCUCACUCUGUUGUUUUUCGUGGAACGCCUGCUCGACAAAGGCGAGCCGCGUACGUUGCACGAUCUUUCCUGCCAGUUUGGUGCCAAGGGUUUCACGAAGGAGAUGCGACAGAUCGCUGGCGGGUCGCAGUCGGGAUUAAAGAAGUUCCUGGCCCAGUACCCGGCGUUGUUCAACAUAGACGGGGACUAUGUUGAUAUCAACACAUUCCAGAAGCAUCCUAGUGGGGUUGGCGCAUCGUCCAAUAACGAUUACAUCGAAGAGGCGAAGGAAUACUUCGCGAGCAAGAUGAUCCAGUACGGGGAAGGUACAGAAGUUCCGAUUAAAAGUCUCCUUGGUCACCGCAGCCAGGCGUCGCCGCAAGUGCGUCACAUCUCCGGGCAGCGCAUCAAGGAGUUCAAGGAAUUCCUUAUGAAGCACCCGGACACCUUCCAAAUUAUCGAAGACAACGUCGUUCUAGUCAGUGAGAAUCAUAGGAGAGGUAACACACACAGUAAUUCUGAACAAUUUCACAACCUACCCGUAGCUAAUAUAAACACAGAUACUGCCCAGCAAUUGUUGGACUACGUCGCCCAAUGUAUAGAGGCAAAAGGCCCUGUUAUGGUCGAUCAACUCUUCCAUCUUAUCGUAUCUCGUUUCCCUCAAGAAUAUUGGUAUCAGAUGUUCAAAUCGCCUGCUGAUUUGAGUGCCUUCCUUAAGUUAUUCUCAGAUAGCUUCCACGUUCAGUCAAAUCUGGUGACUCUUAUUAGUAAACCAAAAAUUCCUGUAAUGUAUUUAAAUGCAAAAUCUAAAGUGAAGACUGAAGCACCAAAGCCUGUGGUGGAAGAGAAGUCGUUAUCGCCGGCUCCACCUACAGUAGUGAGCCCUACCCCGUCUGAUGGUAAACAAAGUCCAGCAAACAGAAUACUCAGCCCCAUAGAAUCUCCCCGUGGUCCUCAGGCAAAUAUAGCAAAUCAAACCUUAAAACAGAGGAUCAAUUCUAUUGUUAUAAAAAAUUUAGCAGAAAACAUGGUCAGGGAUAGGGUUAACAAUCAUUUGAAUGCCCGCAGUUCUGAAGAAAUGAAUGGAACACCAAGCAUAAGGAAUAAUAUGAUGGGUGAUGCGUGGCGGCAAAAAGUGCUACAGUGCACCGCUGUCAUCGCUAGUGUUAGAGAGUGCGCCACACUCAUGGAUAGUAUUAUGCUCCCUAAACGUAACACAAAAGCCAUAGUGUCCUUCGACUGUGAGGGAAUAAACUUGGGCUUGAAGGGAAUAUUAACGUUAUGUCAGAUUGCGACCAUGAAUGGCGAAGUUUACAUAUUGGAUAUUAUGGCAUGCCCUGGAAUGGUUAUGGAAGGUAAAAUAAAAGAUUUACUGGAAAGUGAAAAUGUUGUCAAAAUCAUACACGACUGCAGGAAUGACUCUGUCAAUUUGUAUAAUCAAUUUGAGAUUACUUUAAAGAAUGUUUUUGAUACACAAGCGGCCCAUGCUGUGUUGCAGUUACAGCAACAAGGUGUGCCUGUUUACAAAGUUAAAAAUUUGAGCCUCAAUGCAUUGUGUGAAUUGUACAAUGCCCCUAUGAACCCAAUGAAGGAACAACUAAAAAAUGUUUACCGCAGGGAUCAACGCUACUGGGCUAGAAGACCGUUGACAAAAGAUAUGAUUAUUUAUUCCGCCUCAGAUGUGCUUUCAUUAGUCAAUCCUGCUAUAUAUGCUUAUAUGUCUAGCAAUAUAAAGCCAGAAAACCAACAGCUUUUUGAGGAAUUGAGCAAUGAACAGGUAUUCAUGCACAUCCAGCCUACAGAAGUCAAAUUAAGGAAAAGACAGAGGAAGAUCAAUACAGAAGUUGGGGAGCUCAAACAAAAAUUAGCAGAAACUACUAAAAAUAUUGUGUUGAGCAACAGAGAGAUAAGAUUGCUUAGGUAUUUGGAACUCACAGAAGAAGAAAAGGAAAAAUUAAAAGGAUGUCACAAAAUAUCGAAGAAGUUGGAGAAAUUGGAAGCUAUUGGCCAAGAUAAAGAUUCUGACUCAGAUGACGAUGAAAGAGAAAACGAAAUGGCCAGCUUAGAAUCCAAUCCUUCCGACCCUAUCUCUUCCCCACACUCUACUCAACCUCCAAGCCUCACAGAAUCCAUGCAAAUGAUGGACGAAAUAUUGUCAGACACAAAUAUGGACAAAGUUGAAAAGAUAAAUCGUUUGGAGGCCAUUUUGUCUGCCGUGGCGCCGCUUAGUGGAGAACUCGAAGACAAGUUCUCGCAGACUAUGGAACAGACACUGCCAUUGCUCAAGAAUAAAGAUUGGUCCAACCUGAGCCAAAUUUUGAACAUAGGGGAGCCUGACAGAAAGAACUGUGACUGCAGAUGCCAUAGUUCCAACUAUGACGACCCCAAAUGCAAUGAUCUCAAUGAAGUGAAGAAAUCAGAAGUGGGAUCUCAGACUCUCAGUACAGGGGACAUAGUGAUUACAAGGAUCCACUUCAGGGAAGAAGAUAAAGCUAACGAAAGGAUCCUCGACGCGAGUCCGGCCAGUAAACGUGCCGGGAUAAACAUGUCUUGAUGAUGCUCAGGUUCUUCCAUAUUUCCGAGUGCCACAGUUAAUUUUCUGAGCUCUUCUGUAUGUGAUCAUUAUUUUGUAGUUUAAGUUCAAUCACUGAUCUAGUUCUGGAGUAUGGUAGCGGUGCGACGCCGCGAGAUGAAUAAAUUAAGUUUAAUAUGAGGUCUUGCAUUACCGAGUGUAUGAACGCCUACGCUAUUUGCUCAUUUGAGCGAGAAUGCGCGUGUACAUUCGAAUAAUGCAACUGUUAUUCGCAUAAUAUUACAGCUACUUCGUUCCUACAUCGGGAACGAGUAGUAUGUGCUGACCAGACUUGUAUUAAUUUAUUUAUGUUGGCUAUUGCCUGUUAAGUAAUUCAAACUUUGUGAUACACUAUCAAGGCCUCUUUUUCUCGGUCUAUUUUGAAUUGUAAAUAAGAUAAACUCUGUUUAGCAUGCAUAAUCUUUACAUCCCAAAUCACGAUAGGAGUGCUUCUCUGAUAGGCUUAUAGUGAUGUACAUACCUACAUAUUUAUUUAUAACACUAGGUAUGUCUGUAGCGUGAUCGUUACUAACCUUUAUCAAGGAUGGCAAUAAUAGCUGUAUACAAUAAAGUGGUUUUUUUAUUGUAAAAUAUUUAUAAAAUUAGGUGUACACUUGUAUUUAUAAAACAUGUUUUAAAAAUAUUAAAAAUGGUAUAGGGUUAGUGUUUAUUGAAUGAAGUUUUAUAUCGUAGGGUGAAAGUGGUGCUUUUAAAGGGUUGGUUUCGACCAUUUUGUUUCGUUGGCGCGUAGGCAUUUGCAAAGUUAACUGUUACACCGUAGAAUGACUGAAGGUCUAGUAUUUCUGUUCUAAAAUGUGCCUUCGAGUCAUAUCCGACGAAUGCCUUAUCGAAAUGUGAAUUUGUAGUACUUUUUAUACGUAUUUUGUAGUGUGAAUUCAGUAUCAGACUUUAGACGGGUUACUUUGUAACUGGAGCGACAUAUCCUAGGACCCAAUGUUAAAACCUCGAAUGUUAGACAGUUGU